AUGCUGAUGGUUGUUCGACCAUCGAUUUCGAUGAUGUCCACCAUGUGCUCCAAGCAGGUUGGUGCAAAGAAGGUGAUUGAAGACAGGGCCGAAAUAGAGUCUCUCACACGCGAACUUGCCCGUGUGGAAGCUAAAAACGAAGAGGCGGACAAAAAUGGAGCUUUCUUGGCCGGAUCAAAAGCGAAGCUUGAGGAGGAGCUGACUGCAAGUGCCAAAAAGGUUGCACAGUUAGAGGAGAACCUGAAAAAGACGGAGGCUACUAACGCUUCACUCUCUGCCGAGCUCGUAAAGCUCACUAGUGGGUCUGCUGUCAGCCUGGCCAAGCAGCGUGAAGCCAAUUUGGCCGAGGGUCUGGCUCGACGCUAUGCCGUUGAGGAAGAUGUGUUGCGGGAGGCGCUGGAUGUUACGAAGCGACGCCUCUUGGAUAAGGAGAAUGAACUUGCCGAAUUACGCAAGGACCUGGAGUCUGAACGUCUCGAGUCGCGGGAGGCCCGGAAGAGACAUACCGAAAUGGUUGCUGAACUUGAGGCUUCACUAAAAGCCUCUCAGGAACGUUGUUCCGAACUUUCUUCUUCAGCUAUGUGCUCUGAACUAACCGAGCUGCGGGUUCGGCUACAGGAGGCCUUAAACGCAAAGCAAAUCACUGAUGACAUCAAUGAAAUUCUUCAGGUACUUCGCCUGCCCAGUCCCAUAAGUUUGCCCUGUAGGAGGCGCAUUGAAAUGGCAUGA